CGUCGAUCGCAUGUCAAUCAGUCCAUCUUAUCAGGGACUUAUAUCCAUCGCCAAAACCAUGUCCCAACCAACCACAACGGCAGUCGAGCUCCUCGGAAGCUUUGCCAGCAUCAUCAGCAACAUCGUGACCAACCUCAACAAGAACCGCCUGGACCGGGGCAAGAUCAAACAGACGCUGACCGAAUACUCCGCGCGAGCCGAGUCGGACGGGCGUCUGAUCAACGCGUCGCGACAGAACGAGCGCUGCAUCGACCACGGCCUAUUCCUCGCCUUCGUACACAUGGAAUUCGUAACCACGCUGCUCCGAUACAACUUCACCCUCCCCGCAACAUCCGUGAAAUGGUACCGACUCAAGUCCCUUCGUAAGAAGUACCGAUUGUCGCUACUUUCGAUCUCCUCGCAGACGGCAGAUCUGCAGGAUCAGUUGCGGAACAUCCGCAACAAGGCGGAGAUGCUCUAUGCGGACUUGGAAGUAAAUAACGUCCAGGUUCCGCCGACUCCGAUCCAGUAUAACAGGGUUGCGCCUUGUACGCUGCUGGCUGCGCCGCCUGGAACAUUUAGUGAGCUUCUCCAUCGCGGGUCGAUAGCUGAGAAGGAGCUGAGUGGCAAGAUGUCGGUCUGAUGAGGGUGAUUUUCGUUGAUUCCGGAUGGGUCCAUGAAGGAUUUGCGGGCGCUUCAGAAGCUGUAAUGUGGAGAGGGUUCUGCCGGGGUUUGAGAGACGUUCUUGCGAUGUGUAAGUAUAAUCUUGAUGAUAUCCAUGGGUAG